CACACACACACACACACACACACACACAAAAGCACACACACAUACAUAAAUAUACCCAAAGAACAGAAAGAAUUUGUUUUUUUUUGCUUCUACUUUAAUACAGUCUAUUAUUUUGCACGCCCAAAUAUCCUUCUUUCAGGUAUUGAAAAGUUAAGCUCGCUCUAAAAAGCCAAUAAGUUAUAUAAAGAGCAAAAAAGUAAAGUAUAUCACACACACAAGCUGUUAUAGUGAUCAAAAAAGUUUAUCUAUAUACUACAUGAGUUGACAAAAAAAAUUAUAAUAAAAUCAAGCAAAAACAGACCCGAAACUAAAGUUAAGUUUUGUCUCGGUGCUGAGUUCGUGUACGUGUCAGUAUCCAAUAGUUGCGUGAGUUCCGACCAAAAAGAGUAAAAGUUAAGUUUAUCUAUACAUCUGCGCGCCACGAUCGAAAUGGCGAGCAUCGAAUGUCGAAAAAUAACGAGAAAAGUCGUAGUAGUACGCGAGUUUAAGUUUGAGUUGAGUUUACGGACGACAGACGUUUCACGGGCUUUUUUCGUUUGGCCCAAUGAUACAUCAAGAGCGAUCACAAUUAUCGACCCAGGCUGAACAACUGAGUAUUCGCCAGUGAGUUUCUGCCCAGUACGCUCAUUAAAAAAGCUAACACCGAGAAAAGGCAAUGUCAGAUUCAGAGAGUGACGGAUCGGCAGCAAAGAGUUAUUCAUCGCGUUCACGCUCGUCAUCGCCAGCACGGUUUGCCAAUCGCCGGCCAGUCACACCACCAGAUGACGAAGGACCAGCAUCUCCUUCUUCCGACAAUGCGUAUCCGGACUCGCCGUCGCUGAACGGACCAACCUCGCCGAACCUAGAAAGUGGACCGGCAUCGCCGAAUCCCGACAGUGGACCUGCAUCCCCGAAUCCUGAAAGUGAUGAGGAGGAGCACACGUGUCAACAUUCACCGAGGAAUUAUACAGAGUCGCCCGAGAGAGAUGGUUCAUACUGCGACUCGGAUGCUGGGAAUAGGAGGUCAACGCCCGCAUCGCCAUCGCCUGCUUGUCCACACGCGGAUGAACCCGCGUCGCCGAAGUCAUAUGUCUCCGGACCGACAACACCUGCGUCCAGACCUAGUGGUAGUCGACAUAGCACUCCGCCAAGGUCGCCUACUGGCUCUCCUCCCAGUUCGCCACGCAGCAAUUCACCACCAGUGAAUCGUAAACCACCACAUUCACCAUCGCCAUCAGCAAAUCAUGCGAGUGAUUCCGAGGAAGAAAAACACGAGGAUUUAUCGGACGUGUCUGAUCUUGAAAGUGGCGACGAGGAACAUCAUCGCAAUCGAAAACCCAAAACCUCAACGAACGGUCCAAGUAAUCAGGAGGCGUCACCGUCUCCGAAAGACGAAGCCUCGGCAGCAUCAGCUCAUCUGACAGAAGAGACUGAGCAGUUGGAUUUCGAGGCAGAUGGUCAGUGGAAGGAUGUUAAAGAAGAUGGUGAUGGCGAUACGAAGAAAGUUGACAAGGAAAUGAGUGAGUCGCCUAAGGGCAAGGAGAGCGGCGAAAUCCAGGAGAAAGUCAAGGACAAGAAGAGUAAAAAGAAAGAUAAAGACGAGAAGAAAAACAAGAAAAAACAUAAAGAAUCUCGGGAGGCAGGCGAGAUACGCGAUAAGGACGAUGCCAAAGAAGAUGGUGAAAAGGCGGAAUCGGAGCUUGAGGAAGGUGAACUGAGCGACGGAGACGAAGCGCGUCCAGAGGAGACUGAACCGCGGCCGGUAUGUCGUUUCUACAAUCGAGGUCAGUGCACUUGGGGCGUGAGUUGCCGCUUUCUGCAUCCAGGCGUCACCGACAAAGGCAAUUACACGAUGUUUGAUAUGGUUCGCCCAAUGGCUUAUCCACCACCACAUCCACCUCGUGAAUUUCAUCCGCAUAUCGAGCGACCACCUAUGGCACGACCGCCACCUCCGGGUUAUGGCCCACCGCCACACCAUCCUGCUGCUAAAACAGUUAGUGAUGAUCCUUCCUCGGAGAGUGCCUGGGAACGUGGAUUGCGGCAUGCCAAGGAGAUUCAUAGUCGGCGACCUGCAAAGUGGAAGGGGCAGCAAAUUUUAAAAAAGCUAAUUAUGAUGCGCAAAGCAAACAAGCGCAAAGAAUCCGAUAUGGAUUUCGAGGAGAAGAAGAUGAAUCUUGGUUUGGGUCAAGAUGAAUUAGAACGCGAGGCUGGUUAUUAUGUUAGACCUGCGAGUCCUGAGCCACCAGUAGAAAGGUGGCCACCUACGAGAGAAGCGCCACCUCUAAGAAGAGGCGCUCCAAGAACUACACCAGAUUCGUAUGCCGACGAGGAGCCUUAUUAUCAUGCUGGACCAGAGUAUUAUAGCAGUAGAAAAAUACAUUAUCGCGAUUCUCGACCUGCUGGUGGCGGCGGUGGCGAAUAUCGGGAGCGAAUGGAUUACCGCAUGGUAUCAAGUCGAGGUACACCACACUCGAUAUCACCGUCGCCACAUCCACCUGAUGAGCGCGAAUAUUAUCAUCGCACUACCAGUGCCAAAUAUGAGAAAAAGCACAAGCGACCUUCACGCGAAGUGAUUGUUGAACGUAUACCCAGUUCGAAAGCAUGGCGAGAGGAAGAAGUUCCACCAAUUGAACGUGGAAGAGGUGACGAAUGGGCAGACCCAUGGAUGAGACGGAAAUCACCGACUUCGAGGAGACGACAUUCUAGUAGAAGGUCGAGGAAACAAUCUUAUUCGUCAGGAUCGUCGUACUCUUCAUCGAGCUCAAGCCGUAGCUCUAGCCGCACAAGCUACAGUUCUUACGAAUCCGAUCCCAGGUCCCGUUCUCCGUCGCCACCGAGUCGUUCCCGCGGUAAGAAAAUUCCAGUCUCGCCGCCUUCGCAUGCACAUCGAGCGGCAAUGUUGAUGAAUCCACCAGCGCCAACGCCAAGGUCUGGAAGUAAACAUGGUGCGUCACCUUCGUCGGUGUUACAUAGGCGAGCGUUAAAUCCACCAGCACCCAGUCCAUUGGCCGGUCAUCUGAAGCAGAGGGAGAAAAAAGCCGCACUUGCCGCUGCUGCUGUUGCCAAAGUCAUCAAGAGUCAUUCGAGGUCAAGGUUACUACAGGAAAUUGGGGUGGUAUCUCAAAAGAACACAUUGCUGGGCGCUUACUUGUCAGAACUCGAAGCAGGAAGUGACAAGCAGUCAAACACAUCCUCAGGUAGUAGUUCCGGCUCCGAUAGCAGUGGCAGUAGUUCAGAUUCUUCGGACUCGUCCUACUCAUCGUCGUCAUCAGCGGACGUACGCCGUCGUAAAGGUUCACCUCCAACUACUCGAAAGGAGCUCAAAAUAAAAAAAAUUAAAGGAUCAGCCACUGCAGCAGCCGUGGCAGCAGCUGCAGUUGCAGCCGCGAAGAAAAGUUCAAUCGCUGGUAAAAAACGUGCUGCGGAAUCGCCUCCGUCGGCUAAUGCGUCGAAAAAAGCAAACAACAGGCGAGAAGAGUUAUUGAAACAACUUAAAGCUGUCGAAGAUGCCAUCGCGAGGAAACGCUCGAGAGUGUAAUAAUUCCUGCUGUGUUCGCAUGUUUUUUCACUUUAAUAAAGUAAGAAUACAUGAUUGUGUGAUUCAUUGCCGCGUGUUUGUCGCUACAACUUCAAAUAAAUAAAUAAAAUCUAUCACUUCGAUUUCGAUCGUUCACUCGGUAAUUGAAAGUCGGGAGAGAUCUCGUUCCCAGAGCUUUUAAGCUCGUGUAGAUGUAGAAUUGUUUCUAAUUCUAAUCUGUAUAAGUUUCGUCAAUAUAUAUUAUAAGAGAGAGAAAGAGAUUAUUUUAUAAGUAUGAUGAUCAAGAAAUGACGUUUUAUGUUGCAUGAUUCAUUUAAUUACUUUGUAUAAAUUGUGGCAACUGAUGAUACCUCCUAAAAAUAAUAAA